AUGGGAAAAAUCCUACAGAAAAAGAAGAACCGGUCCGGCUUGUCCAAGGCCCGGCCUAAGGACAACCGUCGCAAGAGUGGCAAUCGCAAAAUCAACAUGCUGGGCAACGCUAUCAUCGCCGACAACUGGGACAAGGGCCUGACCCUGACUCAAAACUACAAGAACCUGGGUCUCAUGCACAAACUUAACGCCCCAACUGGUGGUCGCGAACGUCUGCCCAGCAAGAUGGAUCCUAACGAGACCCCGAACUCGCUACACAUCGGCGACAGCGGCAAGAACGUGCAAAUCGAUGUUGUCGAGACAAAGGUCGAGCGCGAUCCGGAGACUGGCGCCAUCCUGCGUGUGAUCCGCCCAGAGGACGAGAUGGAGGUAGGCGGUCGCAAGCUCAAGGCCUCGAACCCGCUCAAUGAUCCUCUCAAUGACCUCUCUGACAACGAGGAGAUCCUGCAUUCUGCCUCUGGCUCCGCUAUUGUCCGGCAACUCGAGCGCCAGGCGGAUGCGGAGGGUCAAGGUGUCAAGGCGAAGAAGCCGAGGCAUCAGAGUACGCGGGAAGAGGAGUGGGUGCUUCGCUUGGUUGAGAAGUAUGGUGAUGACUUUGCGGCCAUGGCGCGUGACCGCAAGUUGAACCCCAUGCAGCAAAGUGUGGGUGAUCUACGGAGACGGGUUAAUAAGUGCAAGAAGGCACAGACAUGA